CAGUCGGCUGGCCGGCGCGGAGGCAGAAACCCUUCACGGUGCGAACACCAGGUCAGAUAUGAGGCUUGAGAUGACCAUACAUCACGUUUUGUAGUUCAAACAGUCGCCGGCAUUUAUGUGUUUGGGUAAACUGACGAGUGAGUGUGAGGUUGCCGGCCAUUAGCUGCUGUUUGUUGCUGCCUGGGGUUUGGCUGAGCUGAAGUCCAGGUGAGGGGAAGGAGACACACCAGGAAACAGAAACACAGGUAGAAUGGACAUCCAGAACGAGAGGAGGCGGCUGCUGGAUGCAGAGGGAGCAGAGGAGGAGUCACCCGGCGGCCUGAGGUCCGAGCAGGACGCCUAUCUGGACAAAGUGAAGAACGGGAAGCUGUACCUGGCGGCGUUCGCGUCCGUCCUCGGGCCCAUGAGCUUCGGCUUCGUGCUGGGAUACAGCUCGCCCGCCAUUCCAGAGCUUUCCAAGAUCGCAGACCCCAGGUUACGGCUGGACGACGUUCAGGCCUCCUGGUUUGGGUCCAUCGUGACGAUCGGGGCGGCGCUGGGCGGGCUGCUGGGCGGCUGGAUGGUGGAGAAGAUUGGCAGGAAGCUCACUCUGAUGUUCUGCUCCCUGCCCUUCGUCUUCGGCUUCACCGUCAUCAUCACGGCUCAGAACGUGUGGAUGCUGUACCUCGGCCGGGCGCUCACCGGCCUGGCGAGCGGAGUCACCUCGCUGGUCGUCCCGGUGUACAUCUCUGAGAUGGCUCACGAGCGAGUCCGAGGGACGAUCGGCUCCUGCGUCCAGCUGAUGGUGGUGCUCGGCAUCAUGGGAGCGUAUCUGGGAGGUCUGUUCCUGGACUGGCGCUGGCUGGCGAUCUGCAGCUCCGUCCCGCCCACGCUCAUGAUGGUGUGCAUGUGCUUCAUGCCGGAGACGCCCAGGUUCCUGCUGUCCCAGGGCAAGAGGCGCGAGGCCGAGGAGGCGCUGCGCUUCCUGCGAGGCCCGGACGCCCCCGUCGAGUGGGAGUGCGCCCGCAUCGAGGACGCCAGCGACGAGCAGGGUUCGAGCUUCCGGUCGGCCGACCUGAAGGAUCCCGGCGUCUACAAGCCCCUGAGCAUCGGCGUCAUGCUGAUGAUGUUCCAGCAGCUGACCGGGAUCAACGCCAUCAUGUUCUACGCCGAGAACAUCUUCGAACAGGCGCAUUUUAAGGACAGCGACCUGGCCACCGUGAUCGUGGCUCUGACUCAGGUCGUGUUCACGGCGGUCGCAGCGCUCGUCAUGGACAAGGCGGGCAGGAAGGUCCUUCUCAUCAUCUCAGGAAUCGCCAUGGCGGCCAGCACCACGGCGUUCGGGGUUUACUUCCACCUGAUGGAUCAAGCCCACAGCAACGCCUCGCUGAGCCUGCUGGCGUCCGAGCCUCAGGGUCCGGACGUGCACGCCGACCUGACCUGGCUCGCCCUCGCCAGCAUGGGCGUCUUCAUCACAGGUUUCGCUCUCGGUUGGGGUCCCAUCCCGUGGCUGAUCAUGUCUGAGAUUUUCCCCACCAAAGUGAGGGGGUUCGCCAGCGCCGUGUGUGUCCUCACCAACUGGGGAGCCGCCUUCAUCAUCACCAAGACCUUCCAGGACCUGAUGAAUCUGCUGACCAGCGCCGGAACCUUCUGGCUGUUCUCCUCGAUGUGCGCCAUCAACGUCAUCUUCACCGCCGCCUUCGUACCGGAAACCAAGGGCAAGACGCUCGAGCAGAUCGAAGCCAACUUCAGAGGGACGCCGGCUCUAUGAGGUCCUCGCUCGCCGAACCCUCGCACAUCUCGACGCGUGGAACCCCAAGGAUCUCAUCCAGCUGAAGCCUCAGAUUACAGACCUGACUGAUCCUCUGGCCGCUGUGGGGGUCCUUAGUAAUCCUGGUUAAACCUGCCAAGUCGACCUAAACAUGUUUAAUUACAGGGGGGAUAGUUGGCUACCAGUCACUUUCACUGGAGCAGUUUAGGGUUUUAAGUGCCUUGCUCAAGGGCACCUCGGUGAUAGUUUUUCAGUGAAGGGCGAAUGUUGUCCCCUUCACUAGUCCCUACCCACAGUCGCUCCUUGGAUUUGAACCUGUGACCUUCUCGCUCCUGAGACACCGGCAGAUGUAGAAUUAAUGUUAAUUCUGUAGUUUUUGGGAGGCUUUUAUUUUGUAAUUUUCUUGCUAAUUAAUUUUUAAAAAUGUUUCUUCCACUGACCAGGCUGCACAUGCUGUUUUUGAAUACAUGUGCAUGCAUUCUUAAAGGAAAACAACGAUGUAUUGGGUAAAAUACCCUUCCUCCAACUUAUGAAAGUGGUGUCCAACAUCUGGUCUCAGUCUGUGGAAGUUUGGAUUUUGCCAAAAACAUUGGAAUAUUCCUUUAAGUUUUGACGCCUAGUGAGAUAACUGAGUUUCUGUCAUAGUGUAACGUGACAUUUGGUGAACACGAGGGCUGCAGGCACCGUCGCUGCGUUCGAGUCCCACUUGAACAGACUUGAUUCUCGGAGCAGGUCUGCUUGAGUUCGAGUCCAUUUCACGAUGAAAAAACAGGCAAUAAACAAUACAUGCCAAUCCAAAUGCAAGUGGAGGGGAGCAAAUAGUCCAAACAGUGAAAUUUGUCUAUUUAUUUUAGAUAGACAAGAAAAAGUUAUAACAGAAGAAAUAACAGAACAGCUGCUGCCUUUAAAUUAAAACCAGGAAACAAUACUCAUGUCAUAUAAGCAUGUUAUCAUCCAAAAUCCCAGGUGAUAUCUAGUUUCAUGAUAUCGAUAUAACAUCGAUAAAUCGCUGAGCUCUAACAAAAAAUCAGGAUAGUGGCCGCUGCAGCCCUCGUGCUCUUUCCUUCAGAACAUCACAGAUUUGUAUAUUUUGGCCUUGAGCUGUUCUCUUAUUCACGCCGGGUCACACUACACAACCUGAGCCUGACUUUUUCACGGUUUUGUCGUGGAUGACAAAUUUCCAGUGCGGUGCUGAAUCUGAAUUUGUUUAUCUUUUCCUUUUUUUUUGGUUUUAAAUCAUGUUUUCUGACACAAGUUCAGCAUGUCAAAGCUCAGAGGAGACUUGGAUUUGAGGCGUGACUGUCGACGGACACACACUGACUGUUGUUGGGAGACUUGAACCUGAGACCUCUCAGUUAUGGGACGGUCUCCUCUCUCUGCUGCUACCUCCAGUCCCACGACUCUGUGCUGCCACCUGCAGGUUUCACUGCUGUGAAUCACCUUGGUUCCUGAAGGAUUCAGAUGGGCGAGCUCAACUGCACGGAUUUGAACAUUUCCUCAGGUGCUGGGCCGCCUCACGACUUGACCGUUCACUAAAAAUAUGAAGCUGAAGCUAUAAAGUCUAACUGACGGCUAAAUCUGUGACUGCCAUUCAUGGAGACGGGAGCAGUGCAACAAAACACAUAGAUGAAGUGAUCAUUUCUGAAUUUUAUAACAAGACAGGAACCAAAACCUUUGAAUGGCCGCAGUUUUUACUUUCAUGUUAUUUAGAAAACUAAUACUGUGUGGGGGAAAAAAGAAAGAAAGAAGCUAUUAACAGAAACAAAAUGGGAAAUAAUUUGGUACAUAACAGUGACUGUUUGGGAAUUUAUUUUGUUAAAUAUUUUUAUGAUGAUUUGCUCUUGUGCUUUUUUAAAUCUAUUGUUGUUUUAUAACGUACAUAAUAGCUUAAUUAUGCACAAUUUAAUUCAGAGUUCACGCUUCAAAAAAAAAAAAGUGACAUAUCUGAAGAAAAGAAGUGAUGCACCACUUCUCUCAUGAAGUUUUCUGUUUCACAUUCUUCUGGUAAAUAUUAUUAUGACACUGAUAUUCUGUAAAAAUUAAAACAACAGGAAUGAUUUUGGUGCAGUUUAAGGAAGUGAAGGCGUCAUCAGGUGACUGGAGUCUGUUGCUGUGUAGUUUACAUGAGAUGAACUGAAGUCAUGAAAUAAAGACUGACUAGGAAUUCUGGAAAUCUGCAAGAGAACAUUUGACAUUUUGUUAAAUAACUUUUAUGAUUUCUUCUUGUAAAUCCAUUGUUGUUGUUUUUAAAGUACAGUUUAAUUGUGCACAGUUUGAUCUCUGCACUUCAGCUGAAGAAUGAAUGAGACUGUACACAUAUCUCAUGACAGUGAAGUGUUGAUGUUUCUGUAAUUUGUUCACCUUCUGAUGAAAUAUAACGCUCAGUUUCACCCCUUCGCCCACAUGUAGGCAGUUCUGUCCUUUCAGCUGUGAGGAUAUGAGAAAUCUCUCAAUUUUUUAAAUUGUACCCAUUUUCCCUGGUGAUUGGUGUUUAAUUAUGUGUAAUUCUCCCUUUUAUUUACCAUGUGGACAAAUUCACCUUUUAAAUCCAAUGUCAGAACAAGAGAUGUAAUGAAACCUCAGCGCCAACUUUUCCACAACGACUUGUAUAGAACUGUGAUAUUUGAAUAUUUUAGAUUCUUGUCUUACUGUGAAAGAUAAAGUGUCUAUAAAUAACA